UGGGGCGACUACCUGCAGUGGGGCGACUACCUGCAGUGGGGCGACUACCUGCAGUGGGGCGACUACCUGCAGUGGGGCGACUAACUGCAGUGGGGCGACUACCUGCAGUGGGGCGACUACCUGCAGUGGGGCGACUACCUGCAGUGGGGCGACUACCUGCAGUGGGGCGACUAACUGCAGUGGGGCGACUACCUGCAGUGGGGCGACUACCUGCAGUGGGGCGACUAACUGCAGUGGGGCGACUACCUGCAGUGGGGCGACUACCUGCAGUGGGGCGACUAACUGCAGUGGGGCGACUACCUGCAGUGGGGCGACUACCUGCAGUGGGGCGACUACCUGCAGUGGGGCGACUACCUGCAGUGGGGCGACUACCUGCAGUGGGGCGACUACCUGCAGUGGGGCGACUAACUGCAGUGGGGCGACUACCUGCAGUGGGGCGACUACCUGCAGUGGGGCGACUACCUGCAGUGGGGCGACUACCUGCAGUGGGGCGACUAACUGCAGUGGGGCGACUACCUGCAGUGGGGCGACUACCUGCAGUGGGGCGACUACCUGCAGUGGGGCGACUACCUGCAGUGGGGCGACUAACUGCAGUGGGGCGACUACCUGCAGUGGGGCGACUACCUGCAGUGGGGCGACUACCUGCAGUGGGGCGACUACCUGCAGUGGGGCGACUACCUGCAGUGGGGCGACUACCUGCAGUGGGGCGACUAACUGCAGUGGGGCGACUACCUGCAGUGGGGCGACUACCUGCAGUGGGGCGACUAACUGCAGUGGGGCGACUACCUGCAGUGGGGCGACUACCUGCAGUGGGGCGACUAACUGCAGUGGGGCGACUACCUGCAGUGGGGCGACUACCUGCAGUGGGGCGACUACCUGCAGUGGGGCGACUAACUGCAGUGGGGCGACUACCUACAGUGGGGCGACUACCUGCAGUGGGGCGACUACCUGCAGUGGGGCGACUACCUGCAGUGGGGCGACUACCUGCAGUGGGGCGACUACCUGCAGUGGGGCGACUACCUGCAGUGGGGCGACUACCUGCAGUGGGGCGACUACCUGCAGUGGGGCGACUAACUGCAGUGGGGCGACUACCUGCAGUGGGGCGACUACCUGCAGUGGGGCGACUACCUGCAGUGGGGCGACUACCUGCAGUGGGGCGACUACCUGCAGUGGGGCGACUACCUGCAGUGGGGCGACUACCUGCAGUGGGGCGACUACCUGCAGUGGGGCGACUACCUGCAGUGGGGCGACUACCUGCAGUGGGGCGACUAACUGCAGUGGGGCGACUACCUGCAGUGGGGCGACUACCUGCAGUGGGGCGACUACCUGCAGUGGGGCGACUACCUGCAGUGGGGCGACUACCUGCAGUGGGGCGACUACCUGCAGUGGGGCGACUACCUGCAGUGGGGCGACUACCUGCAGUGGGGCGACUAACUGCAGUGGGGCGACUACCUGCAGUGGGGCGACUACCUGCAGUGGGGCGACUAACUGCAGUGGGGCGACUACCUGCAGUGGGGCGACUACCUGCAGUGGGGCGACCACCUGCAGUGGGGCGACUACCUGCAGUGGGGCGACUACCUGCAGUGGGGCGACUACCUGCAGUGGGGCGACUACCUGCAGUGGGGCGACUACCUGCAGUGGGGCGACUAACUGCAGUGGGGCGACUACCUGCAGUGGGGCGACUACCUGCAGUGGGGCGACUACCUGCAGUGGGGCGACUAACUGCAGUGGGGCGACUACCUACAGUGGGGCGACUACCUGCAGUGGGGCGACUACCUGCAGUGGGGCGACUACCUGCAGUGGGGCGACUACCUGCAGUGGGGCGACUACCUGCAGUGGGGCGACUACCUGCAGUGGGGCGACUACCUGCAGUGGGGCGACUAACUGCAGUGGGGCGACUACCUGCAGUGGGGCGACUACCUGCAGUGGGGCGACUACCUGCAGUGGGGCGACCACCUGCAGUGGGGCGACUACCUGCAGUGGGGCGACUACCUGCAGUGGGGCGACUACCUGCAGUGGGGCGACUAACUGCAGUGGGGCGACUACCUGCAGUGGGGCGACUACCUGCAGUGGGGCGACUACCUGCAGUGGGGCGACUACCUGCAGUGGGGCGACUACCUGCAGUGGGGCGACUACCUGCAGUGGGGCGACUAACUGCAGUGGGGCGACUACCUGCAGUGGGGCGACUACCUGCAGUGGGGCGACUAACUGCAGUGGGGCGACUACCUGCAGUGGGGCGACUACCUGCAGUGGGGCGACUACCUGCAGUGGGGCGACUACCUGCAGUGGGGCGACUACCUGCAGUGGGGCGACUACCUGCAGUGGGGCGACUACCUGCAGUGGGGCGACUACCUGCAGUGGGGCGACUACCUGCAGUGGGGCGACUACCUGCAGUGGGGCGACUAACUGCAGUGGGGCGACUACCUGCAGUGGGGCGACUACCUGCAGUGGGGCGACUACAUGCAGUGGGGCGACUACCUGCAGUGGGGCGACAAACGGGCACCUCUCUUCCCUCACACGCACCUCUCCUCCCCCGCUCGCACCUCUCGGCCAAUGA